UUGAAGUAAUGUCAGAAGAGUUCUCGUUGAAUAUCGAGGAGUCCAACUCCCCUAUCGCCCCACCCAAGGUGGACGUUGCCGCUGUUCCUACUUCGGCUACCGGAGAAUUCUCAAGUACUCUGGCUUCCUCACCCUAUCAUCCGGUGACACCCCAGAAUCUGUUGCCGUCACCAUCGAUCCCGUAUAGGCCUCUCACGGUUCAGAUGCAGCAAGAUUUGACCUCAGCUGAGUGCGAUGCAGUGGCCAGCGUACAGACGAUGGCUGAUGAGUGCGAGCUUGGGUUCAGAGACACCAAUGAGAGCAUCACUGCUGAUCCUAGUAAGGACCUAUACAAGGCGAUGUAUGAGUGGAUCGACCUAAACCAAGAUGUCUUUGUAUCGAGAUUGGCCGAAGCUGUUGCUAUUCCCAGUGUCUCUGGCGACCCUACUUUACGCCCUAGGGUUCUCCAAACGGUAGCUUGGGCGACUAAAUGGUGUGAAUCUCUUGGAGGGGUUACGGAGCCUGUUGAUCUAGGUCUGCAGACUCUCCCUGAUGGUAGCCGUAUCGUUCGCCCUCCGGCCCUGUUCGCCACUUUCGAGUCGACCUUGCCUGGUGUCCCUACCUUGUGCGUGUAUGGUCAUCUAGACGUGCAGCCGGCUAGCAAGGAGGACGGGUGGGAUACGGAACCGUUUGAGCUGACUGAGAAGGAUGGCAACCUAUAUGGUAGAGGUGCAACAGACGAUAAAGGACCGGUUCUCUGUUGGCUGUGGUUUGUGGAAUUCCAUAGGAAAUUUAACUUACCGUUGCCCUGCAAUCUCAAGUGUGUGUUUGAAGGCAUGGAGGAGUCGGGUUCAGAAGGCCUUGAGGAGUGCCUUCAGUCGGUGAGCGAGACCUUCUUCAACGAUGUCGACGGCAUUUGUAUUUCUGAUAACUACUGGAUGGGUCUCGAGCGUCCGUGUGUCACCUGGGGUAUCCGCGGUAAUGUGUACUUUGCUGUGGAGGUGCGUGGAGGCACGAAGGAUCUUCAUUCGGGAGCUCACGGUGGAGCCGUCCAAGAGCCAAUGACUGACCUCGUGAAGAUUAUGGCAUCGUUAGUUGACAGUGCUACCGGAAAAAUACUGGUUCCUGGUAUAUACGACGAGGUUGACGAGCUGACUCAAGAGGAGAAGGAAAGAUACGAGCGUUGUGAUUUUGAUGUCGCUGGUUACGCAAAUGAGGAUACUGGCGGCAUGCCUCUCCUGAGCCAUGAUAAGUCCACGAUCUUGAUGGCGCGGUCGAGAUAUCCGACUUUGUCCCUGCAUGGUAUAGAGGGCGCGUUCGCGGGGGCGGGCGCGAAAACGGUCAUUCCUCGCACGGUCGUUGGUAAAUUCUCGAUCCGUACCGUACCACACAUGACGAUCAAUCACGUGUCGGAGUGCGUGAAACAACAUGUUGUGAAAGUCUUUGAUAAGCUGGGAAGUAAAAACCGUCUGAAGGUCAAUGUUAUUCACGCGGGAAAGCCUUGGGUUGGAGAUUUGAAUGGUUAUAACUACCGUGCUGCAGCUGCUGCCACUAGACAGGUAUGGGGUGUCGAGCCCGACUACACCAGAGAGGGCGGGUCUAUCCCUAUCACGUUGACCUUUGAGGAGGUCAGCGGAGGCAAACCCGCCAUUUUGUUGCCGAUCGGGCAAGGGAAUGACGGCGCUCACAGUCAAAACGAGAAGAUCUCGAGGAGGAACUAUAUUAUGGGGGCGAAGACUCUCGGAACGUACGUAUAUGAAUUUUCACGGAUGACUAUGGAAGAAAAAGCAAAGUAG